AAAAGUUUAAAACACUUACAUUUUCUCGCCUCAGACACUUUUUCAGAAGCCUUUUUUUCUGCGGCUAAAAGUUGUUGAAUUCCUUGGGUUUCACUUGCCAUUUUUACUGCAAAUUUACAGAAUACAAAAGGACCGGCAUUUCUUCGUGCUUGUCUCAACUCUAGUUAUGCAAAUGAGCCCGCCUCUUGCCCCGCCCCCUGUAUUUGAUUGGACGGUCCAAAAGCUGGGAAUUUACGGAAUAAUUUUCAGCAUUCUAGAUUUUAAUAAUCAUGCCAAGAAUACCAGAUAGGUGGCUUGACUAUGAAAAGAUGGGGCAAGUUAUAGAAGGAACUGACAUACUUGCUAUGAAGGUACCUUUAUAUGAAGGAAUAACCAGAAAUCUACCAAAAAAAGAACAUUUUAACUGGAAGAUAGCUGUAGACACAGCAGAAGAGAGAGGGCAUAGAAUUGGGACAGUUGUGGACUUGACAUAUUCCACAAGAUACUACCAACCACGUGAUUUUACCAACAACGGCAUCUCACACCACAAGAUAUUUGUCCCGGGGCAAAUUAUACCCCCUCCUAAAGUUGUUUCCGAUUUCACCUCAAUUAUGAGCAAGUUUGAAAAGAAUAAACAAAGCGAUAAUGAAGUUAUUGCCGUGCAUUGCACUCAUGGUUUAAACCGAACAGGGUACUUGAUAUGCCGGUAUCUUAUUGAAGAAAAGAAGUUCAAACCAAAAGAUGCAAUCGAGAAAUUUAACUCAGCGAGGGGACAUAAAAUUGAAAGGGAAAAUUACCUCAAGGAUUUGAUUUCAUUAGAAAAAGAGAAACCAGUGAAAACAGAACAAUCUCCACAAAAAACUAAAGACAAUCCACCAAAACCCAACAACAAUUCACAAAAACCCAAAGUUAGCAAAACUACAGAUGAAGUAGAUUUAAAAUUAAAACAUCAAAAUAAAUUAAAACACAAGCUCAGAAAACCAGACAGGGACGGUUAUUUUAGACACAAUGAACGCCAACAAAACUAUUACCACCACCAGCCUUAUCCCCAACAAUAUAAACAACAAUGGUAUCCUGAUUACCACCAAGAGCGAUUUAACCAAUAUAACCAUCAAGGCCAUAACAGGGGUGAAUCAUGGCGUAAAGAGCCUUUUAAUGCUUUCCACAAAAGUUUUCAACAGGCUCCACAUUAUUCUCAUCCCCAUGAAUCAGGCUAUAACAGGGGUGAAUCACGGCGUAAAGGGCCUUUUAAUGCUUUCCAAGAAAGUUUUCAACAGGCUCAACAUCAUUAUCCGCCAAACAGACAAUGGUCAAAUUAUUCAAACUGGAAUAGAGAAUAUACAGAUUAUUAACAAAUAUAUUUCAUGUGUAAGGUCAUACUUCGAGAUUUUUUUGUGUUGACCCUUUACCCCAUAAUAAAUUAUUAAAGACACAAAGUUGUUCUUGUUUUAUGCAAUACAAAUUAUUUUUUAACUGAUAUUAAAUGAACAAAAAAACGAUGCUAGCUUGUUUUUAAUUUUAGUACAUUGAUCAGCAUGCUUUUUGCUGUUUUAUAAUGCAAUAAAUUGUUUGAUUUUGGUUCAAGUUGCAAAAGUUGUUUGCUUUUCUGUUGUUUAUGGUAGGGUAGCAAGCUGCUACUGAGU